AUGAGGUGAAUCCGUCGACUAGUGUCAGGCUGCGGUACAGCCCAGCUGUUUCAGUUGCAUCGAGUGAUCUGGAAAAGGCUCAGUUCCUUAAAGCAUGCGCAGCUGGUAGGUACGUGUACGCCGUCCAACGGGCAGGGCGGCUCAUCAAUUGCACAGCUUGUUGAGUGUUGCUUACGUUGAUCGCUUGCUACCGUACUCCCGUAGUCCAACAAUCACCGUGCGCCUUGGUGAAUGAUGUAUGUAAAUGUAGUCCAAUAGUAGAGCUACGACGGAGCUAGCGGGAAAUGCCACAUGUCUCCAUCAUCUAGAUGUGGCAAUGUCAACGCAUAUUUUGUUUUCAAAACAAUCGAUUAAAGUCAGCAGCACAUUGGAGACCCGGAAGGCGACUGCAGACUACUCCUCCUGUCCCUCUACUCUACUACCUGAUGGCCGAUGCCAAAAGCCGUAGUAGCAUUUCAUAAUCAAAUCGACGGACGGAUUCAUCCAGCAGUAAUGUAAAUUCAUGUACAGUGGAGUACGCAUUGUACUCCAUGACCUUCCCUCGCGAUCGAUCCGAUCGGCAGCUCCAGUGCCACGGCGAUAUGCCAUAAAUUCAUGAUUCAUCCAUCAGUCUCUCUCUCUCUCUCUCUACCAUGUACAACAGUCCAUACAAUCAUGUGAUUUGUCAAGUAUUUUUUCUUCAAGAACACAACGUCACAUAUCCGGUGGCUAAGGUUUACGAGCAAGAUCUAUUCAGCCUAACACACCCUCUAAGCAUGCAAAAAAAAUUUAAAAAAAGAUGAAGACCGGAACGUGACGUAAGCCUUGUAUUGACUAACAAUGUAUGUAUACUUUUCCAUUCUCAAAUGGAGCGAGUAGGUUUUAACCACACGGCAAAUAUACCUCAAUGGUUUCAAAUAAAACACACACGGCAUGACUCAUGAGCUUGAAUGUCAGGCCACGUGGCGGCGUCCGAUGACUAGAUACACCCAUCACAACCACUCUGCAAUGCAUCAGGGCGACGUUUCUAUACAGUAGACUUUCACCGUGAAUUUGUCGCCGAUAAAGAAAAAACAGUGCAUCUUUUCGUCAGGUUUCAAGUCUAGCAAACGGCACGAAAUUUUUAAAUCAGUUUUUUUUUUCUUCUUCCAGUUGUUCCAUUUUGGGCCGAUUCCGUCGUUCAUGGAACUGGGAAUCUGAAACGCCGGGCCCAAUGGUUCUCAGAAGUCAAACGCAGGCUGCGCCUGAUUGCCUGCGGCCAAGCUUUUCUAUCCACCUUCUUUGACCGCCAUUGCUCUCGUCAAAGAGCAUUUCAGCAACCACCUCCCUCCUCUACAAACGAUAAUAAAGCCCUACCUCUCACAUCGGCAACAGGACGAGGCCAGGGCAUCCACGACCACGACACGGACACAGGGAGCCGCCCGCCAUGCCACCGCACGGCGGCAUGCUCGCGUACGCCGCCCUCGCGCUCGCGGCGCUGCGGCUGCUGCUGUCCUACAAGUCGGCGCUCUACGCGCUGCGCCGCCUGUGGCGGUGCGCCGACGAGUGGGCGCAGGCGUACCAGUACCACGAGGUGCCGCGCUUCGCCGGGGCCCAGUGCGGGUGCGACGGCGCAGAGAACCCGCUGUUCCGCAAGGUCGCCGCGUACGUGGCGGCGCUGCCGUCGCUGGAGGACGCCGACGCUGCGUGCGUGGUGUCGUCGGCGUCAAGGACCAACGGCGGGCUGUCCCUGCAGCUCGGCCCGGGCCACACCGCGAGGGACACGUACCUUGGCGCGCGCCUCGCGUGGACCAGCGCGGGCGGCGAGCGCCUGGUGCUGCGCGUGCGCCGCCACGACCGCUCCCGCGUGCUGCGACCUUACCUGCAGCACGUGGAGUCCGUGGCAGAGGAGAUGGAGCAGCGCCGCCGCGAGCUGCGCCUCUUCGCCAACACCGCCGUGGACGCGACCACGGGCGCGCCGCGCUGGGCGUCGGCGCCCUUCACCCACCCGGCCACGCUCGACGCCGUGGCCAUGGACCCGGACCUCAAGGCCCGCGUCCGCGCCGACCUCGAGAGCUUCCUCAAGGGCCGCGCCUACUACCACCGCCUCGGCCGCGUCUGGCGCCGGAGCUACCUCCUCUACGGCCCGCCGGGCACCGGCAAGUCCACGUUCGCGGCGGCCAUGGCCAGGUUCCUGGGCUACGACGUCUACGACGUCGACCUGUCUCGCGCCGACGCCGCCGGCGACGACCUCCGCGCGCUGCUCCUGCACACCACCCCGCGCUCGCUCGUCCUCGUCGAGGACCUGGACCGGUACCUGCAGGGCGGCGGCGGGGACGCGGAGGCGCGCGCGGCCAGGGUGCUGAGCUUCAUGGACGGCAUCGCGUCGUGCUGCGGCGAGGAGCGUGUCAUGGUGUUCACCAUGCGCGGGGGCAAGGACGCCGUGGACGCCGCGGUGGUGCGCCCGGGCCGGCUGGACGUGCACAUCCAGUUCACGCUCUGCGACUUCGAGGCCUUCAAGGCGCUGGCCAGCAACUACCUGGGGCUCAAGGACCACAAGCUGUACCCGCAGGUGGAGGAGGGGUUCCACGCCGCCGGCGCCCGCCUCAGCCCGGCCGAGCUUGGCGAGAUCAUGCUGGCCAACCGCGCGUCCCCGAGCCGCGCGCUCCGCAGCGUGAUCACCAAGCUCCAGCGCGUCGCGUCCGGAGGCGCCGCGCCGCCGCGGAACCCGGCGCACAGGCGGAACACGAGCUGGUCCGGCGCCUGGACCGGACAGCAGUGGGAGGACCAGGCCCAGCCGGCGCGAGCCAGCGCGGUCUCCGUGGAGGUCGACGAGACGGCCGCCGGGGCACCGGCGACGUGCGGCGGGGUGUUCGGAAAGGAGGCGCCCAUGAGGGAGUUCAAGAAGCUGUACGGGCUGAUCAAGGUCAGGAGCCGGAGGGAGGGCGCCGGCGCCGUGCCACUGGAAGGCGACGCGCACGGGCCGCCGACGCCGGGCAACCAUGACAGGGAGCGGUGAUCGCCGUGGAUGGUAGAAUUGUAGUGGUGUGCAAAAAGAAAGCAUUUUUAUUUCUUUCUCUUUUUUUUUCUUGUUAUUGUUACAGUUUAUCACACUACUCUACUAAUGUGUCAGUGACUGCAAGUAGGAAUGGCAAUAGAUGAAUUGGAUGGAUCAAAAA